AGGAAUCAUGGGAGUUGACAUUCAAACAUAUCGAGCAAGGAUUGGUAGUUACAGGCAUUACAGAUGUAGUGGUGCAAUUGACAGUUGCAGAAGUUUCCGGGGUAUUGAUGUGGCGAUUAAAGUCAGCAAUGACCUAAAAACUGUUGGUUGCGUGUUUUUUAUUGGUGUUCUUUUAAUACUUGCUGGGGUUGAACCAAACCCAGGUCCGAGGGGAAUAGAUACUGCCAGUUACCAAUGCGAUGAGGUUGUGGACGUUGUAAAGGGCACAAAAAGGAGUGUAGAUGGACGUGACACACUGACUGAAGAGCCAACAAAGAUUAAACUUUCCGGAGUAUCGGUAGACAUGAAUAGGGCUAUGUUACAACCAGUUUUGCAAUAA